UAAAGACCGGUAAGACCUGCACCCUCCAGGGUCGAGGACGGCAGGCGGGUGAGCUCGGGUGGUGUGGACAGCCUGCGGACUCAGUGCAUCCGGUCUUGACACUCACUCGACAUCCAGCUGCGGGAGACUCGGCAUGAUCUGAGGCUCUGAGGCAGCUUGGACAAAAGUCUUGAAGAGGCAUCAACAGCGACAGCAACAGUUCUAGCAACAUGAAGCCAUGGAGCAGUCUCGUCCUGGCUUUGGCUCUCAUCGCUCUCUUUGGUGAAGUGCACAGUCAGAAUAAGAUCGUCAUGUGCUACUACACCAACUGGUCGCAGUACCGCACCGGCAGAGGGCGCUUCGUCCCCUCCAACAUCGACGUCAACUACUGCAGCCACCUCAUCUUCGCCUUCGCCCAGGUGAGCGACAACCAGCUCAACACCGUGGAGUGGAAUGAUGUGCUGUCCUACGGCGAUGGGGGCUUGUAUACACAGUUCAACAACCUCAAGCAGCAGAAGCCCUCGCUGAGCACCCUGCUGGCUGUGGGCGGGUGGAAUGCCGGCUCCAGCGAGUUCACCCGAAUGGUGUCCACCGCCGCCACCCGCGCCCAGUUCGUCACCAGCAGCAUCUCCCUCCUGCGCACCAACAACUUCGACGGACUUGACCUGGACUGGGAGUACCCCGGCCAGCGAGGAAGCCCACCCGAAGACAAGCAGCGGUUUGCACUUCUUGUGCAGGAGCUGCGUCAGGCCUUUGACAACGAGGCGCGCAGCACGGGACGACAGCGACUGCUGCUGACGGCGGCGGUACCGGCCAGUCUGUCCGCUGUGGACAUCGGCUAUGAUGUCCCCACACUUAACCAAUACUUAGAUUAUUUCAACCUCAUGGAAUAUGACUUCUUCGUGGGAUCGGAACCGCAGACUGGCCUCAACGCUCCACUCAAUACCCAGAAUCCCUCAAGCUUGAGUAUAGUGAGUUCCGUCAACUACUGGAUCCAGAAAGGUGCAGCCCGAGCUAAGAUCAACCUGGGUUUCCCUUCCUACGGUCACACCUUCGCCCUGUCCAGUCCAUCCAACGCAGGUAUCGGUGCACCCGCUGUAGGCCAGGGUGUGCCGGGUACCAUCACCGGACAGGCUGGCUUUCUGUCCUACUAUGAGAUAUGCGACUCGGUGUUGUCUCGGUACAACAUACAGCGAGACCCCGCUGGCACCGAGUUGUACGGCAGCCUGGGCACCCAGUGGAUCGCCUUUGAUGAUGUCUUCUCCUACCAGUCAAAGCUGACCUGGCUUAACAACAAUGGCUUGGCGGGUGCCAUCGUCUGGUCCGUGGAUCUCGAUGACUUCACGGGUGGCAGCUGUGGGACUCGCUACCCUCUUAUUUCUGUGCUGGGUAGCUGCCUCAUCAACGGCGUAAACUGCUCCCCGACUGGAUCUACAGCAAUCACACAAGCGCCACCUCCAGUGACCCCAGCGCCGACCUUUGCCCCCACUGCGCCGCCUCUAGUGACCCGAGCGCCGACCUUUGCCCCCACUGCGCCGCCCACCGUGUUCGUACCACCAACCACCCCCAGGCCAGUGACAUUCUCGCCCACGACGACAGCACCAUCCGCAACCUCGGACCCAGACUGCCCAAGAAGUCGAGGGACGUUCCCAGAUCGCUUUGACUGCACUGUCUUCUGGGUUUGCCUCUUGGACUCCGGGCGGAAGUGGCGGUUUUCUUGUGCCCCGGGCACCGCCUUCAACACCAUCUACUCCAUCUGUGAUGUCACAACCUACAACUCCUGCGUUAGACCGGGCUGAUAGCCCCACAGCAAACUUCUUGAAUACGAAACCUCCAAUGUUUGUUUACAGUUUUCAUGAGUUGCCCAUGAAGACUGCCUGUUUGCAGGUAUUAAUUAAUCGCAUUCAUUAUUCAUUGGCUGGUGGCGGUCACAUGAUGAACAGAACUGUCACUCCUCCAGUCCUUGCAUUCAUUGUACAUAUGACAUCUCGUCAUGUCUCGCAAGUCGAGGGUCCAUGUCUCACCUUCUACUUGCUCUCGUUUGUCACUGGAGUCGUCUCCCCGACGGAAAGCAUCAUUGGUUACCCAGAAUGUUUGUAACAGUUUGUAUUAUUAAACUUUGUGUCUCCUUA